AAAAAAACUCCAGAGGGGAAUCUAAUUGAGUCAAUCAUUGCCCCAGCAGGUGUAAGUGGAACUAGUGGCACUCAUAAUAAUGGUGAUUUGCUGUGUGACAUGCAGCUUGAUGACGCUGACAAUACUGAGCAUUUGGAGCUCUGGUUUGGGCUCAAAAGAAGACCUCAAGUAUGUGAAACAAGAGGACAUUGCAGACUUACUACCUGUUAUUCAACAGCGAAAACUUAUAGAUGCAUUCAAAAUAGGUAUGUUUGCUUACUGUCACAACAUCACUAUUUCAUUAUACAUUAUAAUAUUGUAUUGCUUUUUUUUAAAGCUGUAUGUCCUAUGUCAUAUUUGUUUUCAUAUUUUAGAGACGGAGAUAAUCACCUUGGACCUCCAAGUCCUGCCGUCCCCUACCACUUCAGUCUGCAGCCACUCUACUACAUUUUCCAGUCCAUCAGGCACAUCUUUGCUCUCCUGCUCGGAAUCUAGUGGUACUGAAGAGAGCCAGCCCUCCUCCCACAGAAAAUCAUGGUCAGAAUCGUUUGAGAUACCAUGGAACGCCAUGCCUGUCGACCUUCGUUCAGACAUCUCAGAUGGUAGGAGGCCUUCACCUACCUCACGACGGCAGAUGGUGAGAGUGAUAACAGAUGAGAUGAGGAAGUAUGAGCCAAACCCAACACGCUCGCAGUGCCUCACAGUUUGCAAAAAAGUUGUUCGUCAGUACCCAAACAGUUUCGCCGAUCAACUUCACAAUGGUCAAGUUCUGGGAAAUGGAUAUGCAUCACUCCUAAUCCAAGUAAAAAAUCGUAUCGACAACCUGAACCGCACCAGCAGCUUUCGACAGCACCGUUCAUCCAGCCAUGGAGAAAAGAGAGGACCUACUGACAUAUAUGGCUGUGCCAGAUUCCAGCCCAGCCUCCCACCAGACGAGAAUGAAAACACAGUAGAGACCAAACGUCAAAAACUAGAAGGGAUCUACAUUCGGGAUGGUAUAAAUGGGGCUGAGAGAGCAGAGGUAAAGCAGCUAAUGGAAACAACUUUCUAUCUGCAGCGGUGCCACAUAAAUGCUCUACCAGCACCAACCAUUGAGGAUUUAAGAACCAAGUGGCCAUACCUGUUCACUCAGAAAGGGCUCUAUGCUCACUUUGAGCAUCUCACUGAUAUCCCUGUGCUGCGUACACUUGAGCUUUCCAUGGCGGAGUUUGGUAGAACCAUUGUGGAACUCUUGAAGACCAAACCCACCAAUGCAGGAGUCAAUGAAGUUCUCUCUCUGGGUGAAGAUGUCCAGCUGUCAUUGCGUGUCAUCCAGCUUCUGAUGGCUCACUUCUCGGAGUCCAUUACAGGACUAAUCCUCCUUGCAAAGGAAUGUGCCACAGCAGCUGACAUUGAGAAGACAAUCUCCAUACCUGAAACUCCUCGUCUGAUACUGCUUGGUGAAAUGGCAGGAAGCUGUAUUCAGCGCUGGAUGAUCAGCGUUGAGGGCCACAUUAUAUGUGAGGGGAUCCAGCCCACAUUCUUGACGGGGCUUGCGGCAUUGUUUUCCUGCUUCUAUACCUUUAAUCUCCAAUACCAAGAAGAGGCAGCAUGCACACUGGAAUUCAUCCAAAGGCGCUUUGUUGGAAUAAACCCUGAAAGAGGGUCCAAGGCUGGACGGGGCAAAGUGGUCUCAAAGAGAACAGGCAAAGUCGCCAACAAAAAGACAUUGACCGUCAAUCCAAAUGUGUCCACCCUGCUGAGGAGACUGAUGGACUUCGAGUGGGACUUCAUUUAAGAUGCAUUUAACCAUGUGCCUUGUUGGAUCCUGAACAUACAGUUCUGUACAUGUCUGGUGGUGUUCAUUUUAUUUUUAUUUUUAUUUUUUUUAAAGAACCAUUAUUGACAAAACAUGUUUUAUUUAAUGUUCUUUUUCUUAUUUGUAUCACUGAAAUGUCUUAAGUUUGGGGAAUAUAUACAGUUUAUAUACGUUACGUUAUGUACGGCAAGAUAUCUGAGCGUUUUGUUGUAAUAGUUCAACUUUUCCUCAACGGCUCCACAAAGCAAGGUUUGCAAGAUUGCCAGAUGACUGCAUAACAACAAAUGAUGCAGUUUCUUCAAAUGAGCUGUUCUGCUCUCAACUGGUUUAGUUUUCUAAACAUUGUUUCAUAUUUUGCAAUAUUCAUAUUGUUAUUCAAAAAUGGUUAUACAGUUGAUCAUGUUAAAAUCUGUGAGCCUAAGUGCCUGCACUUGUAUUGCACUAUCUACAGCAAAAAGCCAAAGGCAUUUUGAGAGAGAAGGCUCUGUCUCAGGCUUUUGUUAGCACAAGU